UUCAGACGAGUUGAUCGGCGACUCCUUUCCGGCGGCGAUCAUAAUGAUGCAGCGAUGGUUACCUAAGUUACGGUCUUUUGCCGCUCUGAAUUCUAUCCAGACACCAAAUCAAACCUCUUUUACACACAUUUCCCGCCGUCUCCUCCACCUCACUCCGCAGCCUAUCACCAGCACACGCAUUCAAUCCGACAUUUUCUUUUCCAGACUCGGGUCUUCCUUUAAUGGCUCUAACACUUUGCAACUCAAUCAGUAUGGCUACGGUUCUUCUUUACUUCCUCAUUCCUUUGUACAAGUAAGGCAUCUCACAAAGAAAGAGAUGAAGGCCAAGAUGAAGAAGUUUAAGCCAAGGACACCAAUCACUUCCAAGCUCAAGAAAUACAAAUUAAAGGGUUAUUCAUCCUUUAAGGAUCGUUUUAAGGCAAUGCCUGAUGGGACGAUUAGGCGCUGGAAAGCGGGGAAACGACAUAAUGCUCAUCUGAAGUCCAAAUCAGCGAAACGCCGCUUGAGGAAACCGGGUGUAGUGCCAUUGGCUUAUGCUAAAGUUAUGAAGAAGCUCAACUUCUGCUGAUAAACUUCUUCCUUCUGAGUCUUUCUGUUCAGCCUCUUAUUCUAAACCCAAAAAUAUAGUUACUAGACUUGUUUAACCAUGGAUACAGGCUUUAGUUGAUUUAUUUAUCUAAACAGUGUCAUGUUGAAACAUAGUCCCAUGCUUGUGUUUUCAUUGAAAGAUAUCUGAUAAUUGCAAUUAUUCUUCUCGUUAGAAUAGUGGGGCGCCUUCUUUCGUUUAUUUUUUCGUAUUCAGAGCACGGAGAUAGUCGUGAUUACAAUGUUAUUCUUGUUUAAUUUCUGAAUUAUUGUGAUUUCAUUGCAAACUGGAUACCUGAAGUUGAAGGCCUUGUUUCAAAGGUGAUUUGGUUUUAAUGGCAAUAAUGUUUAAUAUCUUAUUG